UUCUUAUACUCAUUACUGUUACUGCAAUAGUUGGAAGCAUUAUCCUAUUUGAAGGUCAAGCAGAGUUUGAGAUGAGUGUAGCGGAUAUCAUAUCGUAUAUCACUUGGUGGGAUGCAAUGCCUGGUAUACUUUUGAGGACACUUGUGUGGCAAUGGACGAUUGGUUCGGCUCUAGAAAGCAUUAUUCCAAAAGCAGAUAACCAAACAGCCAGAACAAUACUAAUGGAUACUAAACAAAUCACUUUUACACUCGUCAAUGAAACAAAUACAGCCGAUACCAAUGUCUUUAACGCAGACAUCAGACAUGCAGCCGUCUGCUGGACCGUUGUUCUUCAACCAAAUAGGCCCUCAUGUGCCUGUGCUUUGCAUGCCACUCAGUGCCAACCUCACCGAAGUCCCAUGCUUAACCGGUGAAGUUAAUUUCACUAAUGCCUCCGAGGUGUGGAAGGGUUAUGUUUGCGAGGUUUCUACGGGGAUUUGUACAACUCCUGGGCGGAUUACUCCUGAAGCGUACACGGAGCUAAUUUCGUCGCUAAACGUGAGCUACGCACAUUACGAGUAUGGAUCAUUCCUUGUGGAUCUUGUGGACUCUACAUAUGUGAAGGAAACAUUUAUGGACAUAUCAAACAACUUUUGUCCUAGUCUAAGGCAUUCAACAAAAUUGAUGUGUAGCAUUGGAUGUCUUUGGUCGAGAAAGAAGGCGUCGAAAAUAUGCGAUGAAACAAAUGAACCAAUUUCCUCCACCUCCUCCUUCCAGGAAUACUACAUUGGUGGUCGCGGAAAAUAUUGAUAUUUAUUAUAUAUAUAUAGUUGUGUAUUUAGUUGUUAUUAUAUAAUGUUUAUCACAUUUCAUAUAAUGUAUAACAACACAAUCUCUAUACCCUAUA